GUCGUCGCAAACAAAAUGAUGCACUCCGCGUAGUUGGCAUUGUUGGAACAGGCGAAAAAACUGAAGUUUACCAAAUUUCAUUUUCAUUUCGGAGAUUCCUCAUCGAAAAUUACUGAGAAUAACUUUAUCUUGCAUAGAUUUGAAUCAUAAUGCAAAAAUGGGAUCUUCGUGUGUAGAGUUUUUAACGAUUGUGAUAACGUUGUUUUUGAGUCAAACACGUGUGCCAGAAAUUCACGGAGAAAUCGUUGUACUGCAGAAUCCAAGAGCGGAAACAAAACUGUCAAAACAAUUGACUUGCAUAUCAGACGACGACGAUUCUGCAUUAAUAUGGAACAACUAUAACGGAGCAGUAAAUAGUUUGAGAGAUUUCGAGCCGAAAAAACCGGUCCAAGCGAACACGUCAAAAUGUGGUCUUUGGAAUUACUCAAAGUACUGCAUUGCACCCUGGGAAAUAACCGGAAAUUGGAAUUUCAUUGAGUCUGGUAUAGAGCCAAUGGGUCCUGUGUUCGACUACCGAUGGGAAGACUUCGAGGAACUGGUCUUCGGUAACCAGUUGAGAAGUCAGGAUUACCAAUACGUCAGAAACGUCGACGGAGAUUCGGGUGCCGUAGUAUUUUCCGUUCGAGGCUCACGCGACGCUUACGUACUUCUUUGCGAAGAUAGAAAUCCAACGAAAGCUCCGUGUUUCUGGAUAGUAAUCGAAGGGUGGAAUACUGCUUCAGCGAUUCUGUCGUGUGCCAACGGAGCACCUCAACCCAUGCAAUAUUCCAAGACUGUGAACUGCGUGAGACUGGCCUACCUAGAGCACUAUCGUGCGGAUUACAUUGAUUCUCAAGAAUGGAAUACGUUCGGAUUGAAAUGGAACCGUGAUGAAAAGACGAUCAGCGUUUACAAAAAUACCGACGAUAAGCCAUUCUUGGAAGCGCGUCUUAACCACUGGCAUUCUAUAGCCCACAUGUCGGUCAGAAGUGACAUGGGAACAAGGUUUCGAUUUCACUUUUAUAAUUACUUGUCAACGAGAGUGAGUAACGCGGUUUUAUCCACAUCGGGAUUCGACCAUCAAGGAAAAAAUUUCUGCGUCAAACUGCUGGUCAGUCUUUGUGCCGAAUGUUCAUUGAACGUUACCCUAGUCGAUCAACAAGGCAAUGAUAUACCGAUCGGAACUAUUUCUAGAAUCGAUAAGAAAUCUGUCUACGACGGAAUGCUGUCCUGGCAGUCGUUGAAGCUGACCAAAACUUUGCCGAGUAUCAUCUCUCGACGAUUUAAACUCCGAGCUCGAACUAUUCUCAUCGACAGUAAAGAUACCUGCACAAAGCACUGGGCGAUCGACAACUUCCGGAUGUGCGAAUCAGACGAAACUACCAGAGAAUCGUCAUUGACGAUUAGUCGAUACAGUACGCAAAGUACUUGGCCAUUGGCCAGUUGUCAAAAGUUAUCGUACACCGAAAGUGUGACGAUCGAUUCCUCGUUGGGAAAAAACGACUGCGAUACGUGUCCACCUGGAAGAGUCAGGAGUCUGAAAACGAUAUCAAUAUCGAGUAACAAUGUUACGAUUCAAUGGAUUCCCCCGUUCCAUAAGGAUGGAAAAAUCAUCAAGUACAGUGUUUUGAUCGAGCAAAACAAUCUGCUGGCCUGUGAAGACCUCAACAGGCAGUCGCCUCCUCGGGUAAAGAUACAGCGAAUGGUAACGAAUACGUCAACGUCCUUUGACGAUUUGCAUCCCUAUGCGAAUUACACGGUGACAGUGAGCGCGUACACCACUGAGAAAGGAAUGGAACGAAAACUAGUAUUUCGGACGAAUCCAACGGAAGACAUUUCUCACUCCGCCAUGAUCAGCCACCUACACUUGGACAAAGAAAAACGUCACCUGGAGUGGGACGAGCCCGAAGAUUGCACGACAAUUUUAAGCCCCUACAAAACUGUCGCGUUCUCAUUCGCGAAUGUCAACGAAACGGUGGAAAUUGCAAGGAAGAAUAUACCGAUUAGGGACUUUCAUUAUAAACUUGACAAGCUUAAUCUAAAACCACACACCGAAUACAGAGUCCGUGCUUACGUCUUGGGAGACGAUGAAACACGCGCAAAUCAAACAAAUUACGAACAACUCGUAUGGGUCACACAGCCAACUGUUCCAUCCCCUGUAACGGAAAUAGAAACGUACGACGCUGACGUGGAGAGAAGCACGAUAUCCGUAAGAUGGAAACCACCUUAUCCUGCAAAUGGUGAAAUUGAAUCUUACCACGUGAAAGUUACCGAAAGAGACGAACGGCUGAUCAACCGGAGUUUCGAAACCCCGAAAGAAGUAUCGAGGUGCAAGCUAUGGGAAGAAUACGUGUGCCUGGAAAAUGUUACCCUUCGACGAAAUUUUUCAGUCAGCAUAACAGUACAGAUCUCUGCAAAGAACAAAAAUGUCGUCGAGAGUGGAAUCCAGAAGACGGUUGAAUUUCCUUCAAAUCACUGGUUUUCAAGUCACGGCAGCCUACCAAAAAAUUUGAGGGGAAUUUCCAUGGGUCAUGGCAUUGUGAUGCUGAAAUGGGAGCAUCCGAGUCUCCCUCUUUUCAAAAUCACACAAUUCCGUGUGAAGGCUGAUCUCCUAAGUUCUAAGUUACUCAAGACCGACGAAAAGUAUGAGACAACGAUUAACCAUCCAACCAUGGAACGAGAUCAAUGGUGGACCCGACUUGGAUUGUCGUUACCGCUUCUUAUACUGAUUUGCUUUUGCAGUGCAGUUAUACUUCUCGGUCUGCUCUUCGCUUGGCAUCGAAUACGGUGGAACAUUUCGAUUCUGACGAAUAAUUACAACAAUAUGCAACCGCUCGCACCACUGUACUCAAGCACCACAUCCAACGUGAAACCUCAUUGUUAGAUACAAGACUUUUGUGUGUUUUUCCUUUGUGCUUUUGUCGUUAAUAUAAUGCAAUAAUUCAUUGGGUAAAGUUUCAAAAAGCCCGUAUCGCUGAGUAAUUUCAAGCAUCACAUACCCAUGCAUUUUGACUCGCUGAUCACAAGUAUGUGAAAGCAAAAUUUGAUUUUCAAGGUCACAACUCACGAUAACUGAUUUUUAUAACAAAAUCUUCGAUUAUUUUGACAAGUGUUGAUCUAGGAGAAACAUAUUCUUCACAAAAAUUGUAGCCUAUAAAACGCCUUUAUUUUAUGUUGUAUACAUUUUCUUUUUUUCUUCGAUAAAAAAGGGACAAUGUUCCAAUAAGUACGUCUACUACCUAUAAACGGUAUUGGGCUGUUCUGAACCGCACCCAAUUGAUUUAAUAUAAAUAUUCAUAAGAUAAAUAUUCACAUAUAAAUAAGAUAAAUAUUCACAAUGUGUAUCCCUUAGAUUACGACUUUAAAUGAAAAUAAAACAGAUUUAGUUUCUCUAACCUGGAAUCAACAAAGGGGGACCGUGUAAUUUUCAUGACGUAAUU